UAAUACAAGGCUUAAAUUAAAGUAAAAUGUUAUGAUAAAAGGUUAAAAAUGGGGCCAGUUGUUAAGACAAGACUCGGAAAAGAAAAUAAUAGAUUUAAUGCUUAUUUUAGAGUAAAAAAAAAGGCUAAAGAGCCAACAGAUGAAAAUGUUGGUGGUUUACUUAAAAACACGGUUGGAGGGGUUGUAGCUAAGAUAAUAUCAACUGUUAACUGGACAUAUAUGUCUCUCUUUGGUAAAACGGGAUCAGAAGAAUGGUUGUUAAAUAAAGAAAGUUUAAAAGAGGAAAAAUCGGAAGAUUUGGAGAAAAAAAGCGAUGAAAGUAUGCUGUCAGAGUCUCGAGCUCCUUAUUUUCUUGGUUAUACACCACAAACAGUGCGUAUUCAACAUCUUAAAGAGAAUCAGAAUCAAGAAGGGUUUAAGAAAGAAGAUGUAUCAAAUGAAUUUCUUAUAAAUAUGAAUCAAGAACAAUCGAGAUCAAAUAUUUUUGCACAUGAUAAAAAAGAUUUUCAAAAAGCACAAAAUCCAACUUGUUUUAAGAAUGAUACAGUUUUAGAUUCAUAUUUAGGUCAUGGUUUAGAAAAAAAUUGUUCAAAUGUUAAAACUACUAAAUUUUUGCCGUGUCAUUUGUAUUCUGAAUCAAGGGGUUUCAAAAAACAACAGAAAAAGAAUUUUUUAAAUAACUAUUUAACAUUCGAUUGUGUCCAAUUGCCAAAAAAUUCUUCUACGGGAAUUCUUACAGCCUGGCGUGAGAUUUGUCGACAAGAAAUAUUACUAAAAAACAAUAUGACAGAACUACAACUCCAUAAAAGUAAAUCGAUGUAUAUGAAUAAAGACAUACCAGUAAGAAAUUUAAAUUCUAAUAUACAUACAAGAACAUUUGGUACGAAAUUUGAUAAUAUGGCAUUUAAUUGUUUUAGAAAAGAAAGGAAGCUAAUUCAAAUACCAGAAAGAAGAAAAAAUUAUUAUAAUAGAUUUAACAAUGCAAAGCACAACUCUGUGUGCGGUAUAAAUAAUUUUAAAACAAAUAAUAUUGAAGAUUUAAGAUCAUCGAAAGAGAAUAUAAAACAAAGAAAGACAUCCGAAAAUUAUGGAGUUUCAAGUUUGACUGACAUGCAAAAAGCAGAGAUAAGCCAUAGGCGAAGCAAAUCAUAUAGUCUUUUAUUAUCAAAUACUAAAAAGAGUUUUUUGCAAAAAGAGAAAUCUGAAGAUCAAUCUGUCAAUGUUAUGACAAAACAUCAAAAAGCUCAAGCUAUAGAAGAUAAGUCACUUUCAUAUCACAGUGCUCAAAAAAGUGAUGAUUCUGGAAAUAUCAAGAAUAAAAGUAUUUUGGAAUCAAAUAAAAAUUCCAAUUCAUCUUUAUGUGAAUCUAAUUCUCAAAACUAUUCUUUUUUUGUAAAUAAUCAGGUUAAACGGAAGAGACCUGGCUAUUUCUCAGCAUUAGAAGAAGAUUUAGAAGAGAUGUUUGGUCCUUAUGAUGACGUAGAUGAUACUAUAAUAUUAUUUAAAAGAAGAAAAAAUAAAGAUGAAACAAAUCAAAUAGAUUAUAAGGAAUUAGCGUGUGGUUCACAAAAACGCAAUUUAGACUAUCAACAACCAUAUUUUCGUCCACGAACACCCCUUUUGAAAAAUCUCGUAAGUGUCGAUACUUCUAAGAUACAGAAUUCAAGUAUAGAUGAUUCAGAAAAAUCAAUUUUAUCAGAAUCAUCCUUAAAAGUUAAACAGACAUCUAAUAAAGGCAAUAAUAUUGGUGAUUUUAAAUUGAUUUCAGAACAGAAAAAUUGUAAUUUUGUAUUUCCUAUCGAAAAAAAUAAUGACGAGGAAUGCAAAAUACUGAAAUUUAAUGCAAAUACUACAUGUAUGACAUUAAAAGAGGAUGAAUCGGAUCAAAAAAAAAAAUCUGGGUCUGAUAAUUUUAUAAUUCCAAAGGAGCAAAAUCUUAAUACUAUAAAAUCUCAACAUAGCUCAGAUCAUACAAAUAAUAUUUCCUUUUUGUCUAAUAUUGAUAAAGAAAAUUAUUCGCUUGAGAAAGAAAUACAAAAAUCUAUUUUUAAUUCAAAUCAGCAAUUUGCUUUUGAUAUAAAUAUACAAAAAAAUUCUGAUUCUUUAAAUGACGAAAAGAUGGAAAUAAAAACUAAUCCAUCUAUUCAAUCCUCUAGUGUUAAGGAAAUUGGCACAAAAUCACAAAAUACAGCACCUUCUGGUCCAGAAUUACAAGGUUUUACAUCUAACUCUAACAAAGCAACGGAUAUUUUGAAAAUUAAUAAUGAAAAAGAAACUGCUUCUCCAGAGAAAACAGUCUCUAUUUUUCCUGUAAAUAUGAAUGAAUUCCAGACGUUUCAGGAUGCUGCAAAAAAUCAAGUUUCAGCUUUUAAGCCGGCGGAUACAGUUAUGGAAAUGGAUUCUCCUGAAAAAAAGGAACUAAAAUUUGAAUCUCAGACUUCCACACUUAAUUUUGCAAUGCCUAUUUCAGACACAAAGAAUAUCUUUGAAUUUAAGAAAAAUGAAUCAGAUUCAUUAAAUCAAAAAGAUAUACCUAAAGUCGAAGAAUCUUUAAAAUUGGAUGAUAAUAAGAAUACCUUAGAACACAAAGUAAUAACUGGCGAUUUUCCUAUAUUAGAAAAUACAAAAACAGACACAAAUUCUUCACAGAUUCUUUUAGAAAAACCAUCAAUCUCUUUUCCUCAAAAUGUUGAACAAAAAGCUUUAUCACAAUCUCAUGAUAAUAAUACAAAAGUAUUAUUAGAAUCGCCUUUCUCUACAAGUAAGCCUUUUGAAUUUUUACCUUCUCAAGAUGCAAAUUUGUUUAAUUCUGCAGAAAACAAACCUCAAACUCUUGCUCCUUUCUCUUUUUUUGGAUCAUUGAAUAAUUUUUCUUCACAAGAAAAAUAUUCUACUCAAGCAAAUACAACUAAUCAAGAACAGAAAGAUAUUCCUUCUAAUGAUAAAUCUGAAUUUAAUUUUGCUCAAUUAAAUCAGCCAAAGCCGACAAAUUUAGAAUUAAAUCAGACUUCAGUUACAUCUUUCCCACUUGAACAAAAUAAACAACCUUCUCUUUCUACUUUUUCUAUGGCAUCAGCUCCUGUUUUCUCUUUUGGAUCAUUGGAUCAACCAAAAAAAGAGUUUUCGUUUGAUCAAUCUGCAUCGAAUACUUUUUUUCAAAAUACACCAAAUAAUUCUUCUGUUUUUCAGUUUAAAGGAAAUAAAGACAAGACAAGUACACAUGAAUUUACAUUUAAUUUAAAUAAUACUCCUCUAUCUACCUCAUCUACUUCAUCUGCGCCUUUUAUAUUUGGGAAUUCUACGACUGGAUCUUCGAAUCUUCAGACGGCUCCAUCCUUUAAUUUUGGGACAAACAAUAGUGUUACAGGAAACUUUUCACAGUUUCAACCAGGUCAACAACAAACACAAACAACGAAUAUGAAUUUUUCAUUUAAUCAAUUUCAAAACACAAUGUUACAAGACUCAAAUACACCUGUUUCAAACCCUUUUGCGUUUACGUUUGGGACGCCGCAAAGUCCUGUACCUGGCCGAAAAAUAGCUGCACCCAAAAGUAGACUUCGGAGAAGAUAACAUGAAGUAUUACAAAUAUAUUAUCAAUCAUAUAUUAACUAUAUACUGCAAUAUAUAAAAAUAAAACA